AUGUCUACACAGACUCAGAUCAUCUCCAGCAACAUGGACACCGAGGUUUCAGGACCAGUAGUCCUGAGCGGCUCCGACAAGACUGUUGAUCAGAUUCGCGAUAGCAUCGACUUCACCUCGGCCGACAAUACUGAGAUUAAGACUGCCCUGGAGGGUUUCAAGGCAAAGGAGCUAAAUGGGCCUGCGGUCGAUGCCAGCACAUUCAUUCUUCCUACUGUUGGACCUCGACUCGAGGCUAUCGCUCAAAACCUCCACAGCGGCACAGGGUUCUCCAUCCUCCGUGGCUUCAAUACUCAGAAGUACACAGACGAGGACAAUCUGAUAAUUUUCUUGGGUCUUGGUAGCUACAUUGGCUCCCAGCGUGGCGCUCAGAACAAGAGCCGGGUGAUGAUCUCGCAUAUCACCGAUGCCAAGGGGUGGCAGGAUGUGCCCCCUGAGAAGCGACACGGAAUCCACACAAACUCGGCGCUCCCAUUCCACACCGACAUGGGAUGCGAAGUCCUGACUCUGCUCUACCGGCAGGUCGCUGCCCACGGAGGUGCUACAUCGCUCGCUUCGGCAGCAGCCAUCUAUGACGAUCUCUUGAAGCAGCCCAAGAUUCUCGAGACACUCCAGGCUGCCAACUGGCCCGUCCAGCUUAGUGUGAAGAACCCCGUUUUCAAGGAGAUGCCUCUGCUCGCCCACCAUGAAGGCCAUGUCAUUAGUGAGAUCUACACUUUUGCGGCGUUCCCAAUCCCGAAUGAGUACAUCACUGACAUAUUUCCAGUCUCUGCCGACCCGGGCCGUCUCGGCCUUCACCCUGCAACGGCCGAGAAGCCCUCUGAAGGUUCCAGACUUAAUGAAGCACAGCUGAAAGCCCUCAAGAUUCUGAAUGAUCUUGCUGAGAAGCACGCCGUCUCUAUCCCGGCUCGACCUGGGGACAUCCUGUUCAUCAACAACCUGGCCGUUCUUCACAAGCGGGACUCUUACGUCGACGAUGAUAGCGACGCCGACUCCGACGCCGACGCCGACACUAAGAAGACGAACGGCACGGCCGCAGACGAGCAAGUCUCUACCUCCGAGGCUGAUCCCAAGGACUCUAAGGACGACCCUAGCGCGGCGGAGUCCCCGAUCGACUCCGAGCACAAGGACACCCCCGAGAAGGACGACAAGGCCAAGGCAGGAGGAGACAAGCUCCCCACCGCCGAUGACACCAAGCGGCGCUGGCUGAUGCGGCUGUGGCUGCGGAACGAGAAGCUGGGCUGGAAGAUCCCGGAUGCGAUGAAGCUCCCCUGGGAGGCGGCCUAUGGGAAGGACGUUGGCCGGCUCAUCACCCCGAAGUACGACCCGUCGCCUCAGCCGGAUUACAAGGAGCCCAGGUACACCUCUGGUACUGCCGCUUGGCUCAUUGAGGACGAGGAUGAUGAGGCUUGGAUGCACCUGGGUUGA